GGCGAAUGGGUACAAAGCCGACCGGGCGGCAGAGGAGAGUUUUCCGCGCCGCGGCUGCGAGCGGCAGGGCUUUGCUCGAAGGGGCGGCGGCGGCGGAGGAGGAGGAGGAGAUCCAGAAGCCAGACCACCCUAUGGCUCCCUCCGCGGACUGAGUCUCCCCUUCCCGCUCCUCCCCUUGGAUGCCCUUCUUCCCGGCUCCUUCUUCCACCGCUUUCCUCCUCCUCCUUCGCCAUGCACCCGGUGCCCAAGGACACCACCUUCACCAAGAUCUUCGUCGGGGGGCUGCCCUACCACACCACCGACGCCUCGCUGAGGAAGUACUUCGAGGGCUUCGGAGACAUCGAGGAAGCCGUGGUGAUCACCGACCGGCAGAGCGGCAAGUCCCGCGGAUACGGAUUCGUGACCAUGGUGGACAGAGCCUCCGCUGAGCGGGCGUGCAAGGAUCCCAAUCCCAUCAUCGAUGGGCGGAAAGCAAAUGUCAACCUCGCAUAUCUGGGAGCAAAACCAAGGAGUAUUCAAACCGGUUUCACUUUAGGGGUGCAGCAGUUACAUCCAGCUCUUAUUCAGCGACCUUAUGGGCUUGCACAUCACUUUAUCUACCCUCAAGCGAUCGUUCAGCCAAGUGUGGUCAUCCCAACCCCGGUACAGUCCAUCACCUCUCCGUACAUAGACUACACGACCGCGAGCCAAGCCUACUCUCAGUUCACCGCUGCUGCCUACGACCAGUACCCCUACGCUGCCUCCCCAGCCACCGGCUUCAUGGGAUACGGCUACACAAGCGCUGUUCAACAACCGCUCACAGCUGCCAACCCGCCAGUUGGGGGGCCCACGGCUUUUCUGCAGUAUCAGCCGACGCAACUACAGCCUGACCGUAUGCAAUAGAAGCCCUGGCUUUGGACCCUGCCCAUCACCCCUGCUGGGAAGGCUGCUGUUUUCUGACCAUGAUGGAAUAGAAUGAUACAAAGAAUGAUGAUGAUGGUGGUAGAAAUCUAUGAAAUGACACAAGAAAGCAAACUUUAAGAAAAGCUUUUUAAAACAACCACAACCAUAUUAAGAAGAAUGCAUAGCAAUACCUAAGCUAUUUAUAGUGUUACAGGAAAGGGGUUUAAAAAAUGCAAAAGAGACUUACAUGUGCAACAGUGAACUUUGGGGUAAGCUCUUUCUCUCUCUGUUUUCUAAACCAAGACAAAUAUUAUUGUAAGGACGGACUAGAAAUUACUUUUUCUCUCUUAAAAGUGAAAACUACAGGUUCUGGCAUAUGUGCAGCUAUCUAGUUCCAUCAAGUAAUCGUUUUCCUUCUCCUGCUACUGAAGAUGUUCCAUGCGCACCUUCUUAUGCACUGUUUACCCCUUGCGCCCAGCCGCCUUUGAACUCUAUAGUUCGAUCAUUUACCCUCUUCGCAGAAGGUACUUCAAGAAAUGAAGAGGAAAAAAAGCAAAUGCUUUCUCUUUUGGCUUGUAUUAAAACUUUAUGAUACUCAGAUGCCUUACAGGAAAAAAGAAGAACCUAUUUUUAAUAUUUAUUGUGAUCUCUUUAUUCACAGAAACUGUGAAUUGCAGGUGAAAGAAUAGUAGUAUCUGCCUUGUUUAAUUCUCAACUAAAUUAUUGUAUGUAGAUGGGAAAGGAAGUUGCUAAGUAACUGCUAAAUCACUUUUCAACAUGCAAAAAGGGAAUAUUAGCUUUAAGGACGGUGGAAUAUUCCUUCAGUCAACGCACUGUAAUUUUUCUUAUUGUUAAUUGUUACUCUUAAGAUUAUCUCAAAGUUUUAGGUAUAUUUUUAAAGCAGAAAAAGAAGAAAAAGAAUAUUGAACGUAUUGUCUACUUUGAUAGAUCUUUUGUCUAUAAUGCUGCAAAGUCUAGAGAAAUUUUACAGUAUUUAUAUAAAAGUAAAAUGGGAUCAUGGGCCACCCAUGCUUAGAAGAAUGCCCGGAAUGGAGCAGAGUCCUACAAUGGUGUUACACACUUAACAAAAGGGUUUAAAAAGUGAAACAAAACGGAAAAAACCUGGUGGUACAAACCACAACGUAAAAGACAGUGUACGCUCUAAGUGCAUUUUUACAAAGAAGAGCAAUAAACUAUUUUGAUUUUUAAACCAA